CCCAAUUAGAUCACGAGGUGCCCCCUCCUUUCGAUUUUGUCAUUUGAAUUUGAUUGUUGAUCAUUUGUUGGACGAGAAGUUGCAAACAUGGUAGCUCAUUUUGCGGCUGUUGCGUUCACAGGCUUCAUGAUUUAUACUGCAUGGCCUGGUAGCAGUCUAUUUUCAUGGCAUCCCACCCUGAUGACUAUAGCAAUGUGUCUGCUGAUGUAUGAGGCAAUUACAGUCUUUUCUCCAAGCAGUUCCCUCAUUGUCUCCUGGCAACGCUCAACCAAAGCCAAUAUCCAUGGUUACAUGAUGGCAGCCUCAAUGUGCGCAGCCAUUGGUGGAUUUCUUGUCAUAUUCUACAACAAACAACUAAACAAUAAGGACCACUUCACCACCUGGCAUGGAACUAUGGGAUUGAUCACAUUGCUUUGGGCAUGUGCACAGUCUGUAGGUGGACUACUACUUAAAUAUAAUGGACUGAUAAGAUCAUGGAACAUCCGAUUGGUGGACAUGAAACUUUAUCAUGCUACCUCCGGACUAUGCGCGUUUACUCUGGUUUCCGUGACCAUAGUGCUUGCGCUGUUUUCUGAUUGGUUCACUGGUGUCGCUACGGGAACAACGUGGUGGGGGAUUUUUGCAUUACUGGGUUGUUUAUCGUUGACAGUGAUGCAACAAAUCACAACCGCAUAUUUACCGCAGUCCCGUGUCAAACCGAAACCCAUCACGUCCAAACAAGGCAAACGCAGGCAUACCAAAAAAGACCAGUAGAAAACAUUCAAAUCUUGCUACUUAGAGAUCAUCCCUGAAUUUUGCUCAUGAACAGAAAAAAAACUAUGAGUAUUAAAUGUGUUAAGUGUCUAGAUACAAUGUAAACAAGUUUACAUCUGUUGUAUGGAAUGUGAUACCGGGGGAACAUAAAUCACCAUAACUUAGUAUACUAUAUCAGUCUAUGCGAAGUUUUUUUGACCACACAGGACAUUCGGUCCUGUGUAAUCAAUGAACACACCGGACUGAACCAAAUUUUGUCAGUCCGAAAAACCUAAUGUAAAAAAGUGAAACACGUGAAAAUGCCAUGGUCAGCCAUUUUUCUAAAUCGUACGUAUUGAAUCUUCUCUCAGGCCGUUAAAAAAAUUGACGCAUAGUCCGUAUUCUUCUCUUGAAUAGGCCUAACAUCUUUUCUUUUACUGGGGAUCGCUCCCGCAUAAUACUUUAGACGGCCCAUGCGGUUUUAAUCACAUUUAUUUACUUAUUUGAAUUUGUGUGAUAUUUUUUACUUCUAACAAACAUUCAAAUGACUCAGCGUCAAAAUAGUAAAGUUCAAAACCGGACACUGAGACAUUGGACAUUCCGGUCCGGUGUAGAAAAUGACGCAUCGGACCUGAGGCACUGCACAUUGGUCAAGUCCGACGGUCCGAUGUCUUUCGCAUAGACUGCUUUAUAAAUUGAUAUUACACAUUUUUUGUUUUGCCACUUUAAUCAGCAGAGAAAGGUACACAAAAUGAGCAGGGGUGAAACAGUUCAUCACAUGACCUACUAUUACCCGAUCACAUGACAAAA